AUGGCACCAAAGGAAAGCGAGAAGAAAAUGAUGGCGGAGAAAGUCGCCAAAGUCCGUGAAGUUGUUGAUAAUGUAACAAAUAACGACAUCAUCAUGGUUCUUCAUUCGUUCGAUCUUGAUGUUAAUAAAACAAUUUCUGCUUUCUUGGAAGAUGGAGCCUCUAGCAUUCUUGGUGGAUGGGUAACAUCUACUGGGGUCAGUGUCACAGCUGCUAAAAAGAAAAAGAACAAGAGCAAGAAGCCCUCCGAGUCCGCCACACCUGAAGCAGCUCCCACUGCUCCCGUGCCUACAAAGAGUGCUCCAGCUCCGGUUGUUGCUGCUCCAGCCUCUUCUUCGGUAAAUAAAUCUGCUGCUGCUUCUAAACCAGUUGCCAGCACUCCAGCUCCAACUGACGCUCUGUCUGCUGCAUUCAAGUCAAUCCGACUUGCUCUGAAUGAGCGUGAGAAAGAGUUGAAGCAAUCAAAUUCCACAAAGCUUGACACCUCUGCGAUUCUUCAAGCAAUCGCAUCCCUCGGAGGUUCGUCGAAGCCAAUCACCAACGGAAAACCGGCAUCUACACCAGCCAAGCAAGCCGUUUCUCCACCACCACCAGCAGCUGGACCUAUCAAGCAUGCUACCAGCCAAUCGAGCAUCACCUCAUCAGUUGGUGCCGAUUCUGGAGUUAACCUUAGUCCAACACACAAAGAAGAGAAAAAGGCUGCUCCAAAGACGGUCAUCAAUUCAGGAGGAGUUCAACUCACUUCUUCUGGGCUCUCUGCUGACCAGUUGGCUGCUCUUCAACAGACUCUCCAGCUCACAAUGGCAGCUCGUGGUCUCGACGCCUCAUUGAUCACAUCUUCGGAAAACAUGCCACGUAGACCGAAAAACAAUAACAACAACAAAUCGUCGAAUGACGGCAAGAAGGGCCACAAAGGAGCCCAGAAGGACCAACCAAAAUUGUCCAUUCUGUAA